AUGUCGCAGGAUUUCCACAAAAAGCAACGCUUCUUCAGUAUUAUCGAACUUGGCUCGGCACCGUUCAUUGCUGGCCAGGGCCCGCCACAGUUCGCAAACGGUAUGGUAACCAGCGCGCCUUUGGUGAGCGCGCGUAACGUGAGUAUUCGUAACUGCGUGCUUGGCCUUUCCUCGCACCAUGGCAUACACGGAAACGAUAUUGAUGGCGUUACCAUUGAGAACUUGAUUAUAAAGGAGUUUGAAGCGGGUGGUGUAGCACUCAACGGCGCUUCGAAUGUUCUCUUGCAAAAUUUGGACAUAGGGCCAUCGCUGAUUCAGACAUUUGGUGCCAAGCUGAGCCACGCCAUUUUCAUGGACCAUAUCGUGAACACGCUAAUGCCGAAUGCUGUUCCCAGCAUAGCGUCGCUCAUGGCAUGCACAAAUGUCGAAAUCAGGGGCUCCAACUGGACCGUCGAAAAGCGCUUCGCGCAGCUGCGCGCCGAUCUUCAGGAUUUUAUGGUAGGUUCCGGAGGGCCAUUGCUAUCAGUCAUGGGUAGCGGCAGCGCGUUGCCAGACGGUUGA